AUGGUUUCAGCUCUUAGUAUUGCGAAAUCUACUGCCUGUGUAAUUCUAUUGAUUAUUAAAGCCUUUAGCCUCUCCCAACCACGAAACCUUCCGAACGGGACUAUAUGGUAUAAGAGUAAUAUUACGUACGCGUCAUUGGGCUCACUUUACAACGCCUGGACGGACGACGUCCUGCCUCGUAGUGACUUACUAGCAAGCGCUUCAGUCGCGAAGAUACGUACCAGGAAAAGUGUCACCAGCAAUAGACGGCUCAAGGCGUUGCCGCGAAAGUGUUGUAUCGCACGAUUAAAGCUGAUGGGUAGAGCGUAUAUGGAGUUGCGAGAAGUCGACAGCUCGGAGGGUUAUGGUGUGACUUAUGGACCCACCUUCACCCUCGAUAUAGAGCGCAACGGUCAAUUCAUGGCCCAUUUCGGCCUUGCUAUUGGGAAUUUAAUCCAACUCCACGAUCUUGAGGGCGCACUACCCUCCGUUUCCGAUUACGUUUUCCUUGUUUUUCGGAAAGCGCUAGGUGAAUUUGAUCACCGAUCUCGGAAACGCAGAGAAAUUCUGUAUAUGACGAAGGUUAGGAAAAAGCGUCUGCAAAGAUUUGCCACAUUCCUAUCAGUCGACGAGCUACUGUGGAGUCAGUACGUCUUUCAUUUCACUUCUGCGACGAUGAAGAAAUUGGACGAAGGGAGCAAUCAACACACUGUUUUAUUUAACGUUCUAUUGCAAUGGUAUAUCUCGAAAACAUUCAUCUCGCAAUGUCAGGGCCAAAUGUUGUUGGCGGAUGAUCUGUCAGAGAAACAAAAGGAACGCACCAACAAGAAUCUUGUUUGGUAUGACAAACAGUACCUUUGGAAGACUAACUUUACUGCGCGAGAAAGUAAGGCGCCCAACCCCGCCUGCAGUAACUUCGCUCCUAUCAAACGUGCGAACCGUACAUGGUGUUUAAUAGAACGUAGUACUAAGGCGGGGAAGUCAAAGUCAACAAAUCUCUCUGUAUGUUCACUACUCUUGCAAAAAUCAAAAACUGAAAUCGAUCGCUUGAUCCUGCAGGCCAUGAUCCCCGCUGCCUUAAGAUGUUCCAACCAGGAAUUUCUGCUGCUGCAAGCUUGCAAAGUUGUGCUGCAUUCUCUGGCAGGAACUGGAUUCCAUAUCCUUAUGGUCUGGAUCGAGGAUUCCGAGUUAGUAGGGGAUCCUACCUUCGCGAAAGAAUUCGAGGGUAGUGGAGGAGCGAUUAAGGCGGAGAAAACGGUACUAAACGCAAUCUAUGGACACUUUUCCAACCUGGACAGGGCCAUGCACAGCUGGAAGCCUAGCAGAAAGAACGAACACACGAGUGAUUUUCUAGAUGGAAUUGGUGUCUACAACCUUGUCCGGAAAUUUUACAGCAUGAAGCAUUACGGCGAGACUCUCCGCGAUAUCGCCAAGGACGUGGGUCUAAUCAUGAUGACAUACUUCCACCCCCUGAUACACUACCUGCUAUGCUACCUAUUUACCUGCGGCUUACAAUCAACCCAGUUCUUCAUCUUUGCGCCUACUAAAGCUCCUCCACAAGCUUCGCACAGGACGUGGGCUGUAAAUGAGGCUAAAACUACGUUUGGUACAUACUGCCUCCCUCCCGAACUGUGCAAUGAUAAGGCAUCUAUCAAUGGGCUAAACGCUGAAAAAAAUCCAUGGAGGAAAGCACGGCCAGCAUUCCAACAGGGGUUAGAGCUGAUUGAUAGUAGAGUCCAUGGAGCGAUUGAGGUGAGGUGUGAGGUCUCUGGAGCUCGAGAGAGCUCAGAGGACCCACAUUCACCCUGCGCUGGGUCACGUGAACCAGUUUCACGUGCGACAGGUAAUGGCGUUGAUCUCCUGCUAGAGGAUGAGAUCGAAGAGAUAAAUGGGCCCCAGACGGGGAGGAAAACACAACAACAAGUGACCUCCAUGGCAAGUUUCAAGUUGGACAACAAAGAAGGGCGAAUCUCAGAGCAGAAGAGGAUUGUCCGCCUCCAUAUGAUCCGAGCCCAGCAUGCCACACUGACCCCAAUCCCACAUAUCCGGUGGCUCCUGCUGGAAUUUCCUGGAGUAGGUUGUCUUGAUUCUUAA